AAACCCCUAGAAACCCUAACGUGUCUCCCUCUAAAAAUCAAAAUUUCCCAAAUACAAUGAACCAGAGAUCUUCGAACCUACUCGAUGAGGCCUUGGGGCUAGACCAGGCCAUCGAGCCAUGGCCUCUAAGGGGUCGAGUAGUGGCUAUAGAAGACCGAGUCGAGACCAGUGGCUCAUUCGUUCUUCACCAUCUACUUAAACGCUCUCUUUCUCCAAAUUCCUCAAAUGUUUCCGUCCUCAUCGCUUUCUCUCAGCCUUUCUCUCAUUACGAUCGUAUUCUUCGAAAGCUGGGAUGCAACUUGGUAUCACAAAGGGAUAAUGGUAGAUUCUUUUUCUUUGACAUGCUUAAGUUGCAGUGCACAGUUGGAGAUGAAGGAAUGACUCCGGGAGGUGGACUCAUUGCAUUGUAUGGGAAAACACAUAAAACCAUUUCAGCUUUGCCUGAGAUUAGACGGAAAAAUGUUUCCAUUAUCAUAGAUGAUUUAUCUCUUAUGGAGGUGGCUGCAAAAGGAUCUUCAGAUUAUGUCUUAGAUUUCUUGCAUUAUUGUCGCACUCUAACAUCUGAGUUUAACUGUUCAUUAAUCACACUCAACCAUGAGGAUAUUUAUUCGAUUGAAGAUGGAUGUACAUUUUUGUUACAAAUGGAGUACCAUACAGACAUUUUGAUAAAGGUGGAGCCUUUGGCUACCGGUUUAGCAGCCGAUGUGCAUGGACAGUUGACAGUAUCAAAUAAGGGUAGGAACAAGGCUAGUAAUUUCCACUUCAAGGUCAAGGAAAACGUCGUUGAAUGUUUCUACCCUGGACGAAACCGAGAUUGACGGGGUAUGAAACAAAGGAAACCUUAGAUUGUAACAAAGAAGAGAUUGUGAAUUGUUUGUUGCAUAAACAAAACCAAUUGAACUGAUAUAAGAAAGUUCCCCCCUUUUUUGGGAAAAUGAAGUUCAUCCCUUUUGUU